AUGGUUAGCAAGUGUGGAAGGCUCAACAACAACACCCACAGCAAUCAUACAAACCUCACAAAACAUAGCAGCCGCAGAACCACACAAACCCCACAACCCACAACAACCACACAAACCCCACAACCCACAACAACCACACAAACCCCACAACCCACAACAACCACACAAACCCCACAAAACGCAACAACCACACAAACCCCACAAAACGCAACAACCACACAAACCCCACAAAACACAACAACCAAGCCGUCACCUACAACUUCACCUCCAGGUGUUUGCAACUCAAAUCCGUGUGACGGGGGAAGCACCUGUCAGGAAAGAGCAAAUAGUACAUAUGAAUGCUACUGUCUAACUGGAGACUAUUAUAAUGGACAUCAAUGUGUUCGGGCCAAAGUUUUUCCUGGGCAGUUAACCUACAACAAGUCUUAUGUAGAGGGGAUGGAAAAUACCAAAUCACUCAUAUUUAAAGAAACUGCAGAUGACAUAGUUAAUGAGAUGGGUAAGACGUUUAAAGACUCUGCAAAGAAGUAUCUUGACACUACUGUACUUAAACUCAGCAAAGCAGGAACGAAGAUGAUGAGAGCAGCAGGAAUUGUCGCUACGGUGGACAUUAAGUUUGACUUAAGUUCUGACGUAACAACUGCAGAUGUUAAAACAGCGGUAGCGGAUGUAGGAGCGUUUAACGAAAAAAAUUUAUGUGACGAUAAUCCAUGUGAUAAGACCACAACUACGUGUAACAAAAGUGAGGGAGAUUUCAACUGUACCUGCAACGAAGGGUAUAUUCCAACAAACUUUAGUGAUCGCAUCUGUGCUGCUUGUCCAGAAGGUCAAAAAGCACAGAAUAAUAACUGUAUAAAAUGUUCGUUUGGCUACUCGGGUUUCAACUGUGACAACAAUUGGCAGCUGAUUCUUGUCAUAGUUGGCUCCGUGUUUGGGGGUUUGCUGCUUGUCACAAUAAUCCUUCUACCAGUAGUGGCUGUAACGACAAAGAAGAAAUUCAAGAAGGGGAAAGGGACUGACAAUGAAAAAUCUUUUAUGAACACUGCACCUAUGAAGACCCCGCAGAUUAGCAAUGGUACUGCGGCACCGCGACCCAUUCCAGCUCAAGCCUCUCCAGCCGGGGGACGACCAGGGUUUGGGGGCAACGGUGUGCCAAGGAUUCCACGAGCUACAACUAAUGAAAGCUGGGACCGCAGUAACCUCGAGAUGGUGCCAAGCAACAGCCGGCAAAACCUUAUUCCUGUUGGAAGAAACUCUCGUCGCUAUGAUGAUAAUGAUGACUCAAACCCCUACAGUCGUCCAAUGAGACCACAGAGCAACCCGUACGCCAUCGGACGACCUCAAGUCAACCCCUAUGGAUCCAGUCAGGGACACAGCAAUCCAUACUACAGUAGUGCUGAUCGCUACUAAAUGAUUCUCUGCAUUGCUCCUAUUCAGUUUUGGGUUUCAGCUUCCAGGUUUAUGCAACACUUAGAUAGAGAUUUACUAUAUUGAUUCUAAAUAGUUGGUCGCUAAGGCAACAUCAUCAUUUUUCAUCACUCUGAAUCCCAUUGCAUUAAUCACAAAUUGGAUUUGUAUUUUAUGUGUGUGUGUGUGUGUGUGUGUGUGUGUGUGUGCGCCUGUGUGUAUAAAUGUAGCAGAUGUUUGAAUGAAAUGAAAUGAAUGAAUUAAACUUUAUUCUUGUUUAAUGCCAAUUUCUUUGUGUGCAGUUUUGCAUUUGCAUUUGUUUAUUUACAGUUUAAGAGAAAUCACCUAAAAUGUUAAAUCUCCAUCUUGUAAUUUUUCU